ACCAAUAGAAACACACAACCUCGCAGCAGAGUUGCGCAGUUGCACUGUGAGCAGCGCAGCCAUUACAGUUUUCCUAAAUCUUUACUAACAGUUAGAUUAGUUAAGUCGACCAAGCAAUUUUCUGUCGACAUAUUGUUAUAGUAAACCGCUGGUGACGAUAUCCGCUCAGUAAAUUUGUAAAACUACACAGACUAAGUUAACACGCAAGGUCUCGCUUGUUUGCUAAUCCCAGUAUAGGCUAACCGAAUUGUUAUCGAGUUUGUUUUUAAUGACAUAAACGGUUUAAUUAAAGUGUAGUUUAAAGAUGGGCACACCUCUUAGAAAUGAGUCGUCUGCAGGAAGCUCCGCGUCUUUAUGCGAUGACCUCACAACUGCAACCGACUCGACUGCGAGCUUAUCUUCUGCACGAGCAGUAGUAACGUUACAGCAGGGAGAGCAACUAAAGGCCCAGGCACCCAUUUUACUCUAUGUUAACAGUCCUAUAUCAUCAUCACCAUUAGUUACCAACAAAGUCCCACAUGGUGGUCGAGGAACAGAGGCAGUUUCUACAUCAUCUGAGUUUACUCAUGAUGCCAUCGUACACCUCAUUGAAGCAAUGCAAAGAUGCAGUGAUAUAUAUAGCUCACGUGAGCGUGCACUUCUCUUCCAGAGUGUUCAGAAAGAGCUUGAGAACCUUGGUCACUCCAUACCUGUAGAGAAGAUUCGCCGUAAAUGGAAUAACCUCCUUGUUACAUACAAGAGGGUUAAAGAUCGAAGCUCAUUGUGUGGAGCCUCUACAAAGACCUCAUGGGAGUACUUUGAUAUUAUGGAUAAUGUUUUAGGGCAGAGCAAUAUUUUUCAGGGAAGCCCUACUUCAGCCACUCUUGUUGGAUUUGCAACCCCAGCUAAAGCAGGUGCAAAGUCAGAUGUACGUCCAUCUAACAGCGUGGCUGCGAUGACCACCCCAUGUCUGCUUUCCACUGGCCUCAUCACAACGCCUUCCCAGAUCCCUACAAUGAUGACGUCUCCAAUGCUGUGCAAAGUUACCCCUAAAAUAAACCCUAAUCCCUCUUGUAGCACAGACACAGCCUCCAUCUCAUCUAAGCCUGCUUCACUGAUAAACCGUCAGCCACUGAAACAGAAAUUGAAGCGUCUUCGGCUCAACUCAUUGGCUACACGUGCGGCCCAACAGCAAGGGCAGGCUGGGGAACGCACUUCACUUCUGCGUAAUUUUCUCACCAGUCAAGAAGAGCGUACGCGUUUACAGGAGCAGCGUCAGCGCAAGAUAGAUGCACGAGAGCGACGCAAGGAGAAAACCGCACGCGCCAUGGCCGAUGCAAUAGGAACGAUGGCAACGGCACUGGAAUUGAUCUCAUCCAAGCAGGAUACCAUUAUUGCUCUACUUCAGAGACUGGCUGAUAAGCAUUAGGGGAAAACUUUACCUUCCUGUUUCUCUUUUACUAAUAUUAUCUUUAUAACAGAUUUGAAUUUUAUUUAAUUUCAUUGCUAUCUCGUUCUUGAGUAAUCAUUAAGUCUACAUAGUUGAUUUGAAAUUCUGUUUCCUAUUUAAAAUGCUUAAGGUAGUUCAAUCUGCAAAAAUUCUGCAAAAAUAAUUAUUUUCAUUUUUUAAUUAACAACAAUGCUUCUCAGUUUUCAGCAUACAAUUUCAAAUAAAGCAAGUAUUUUCUUAAAAGAAAGUAAAGUGUAUGACUUUUUGCUAUCCAUUUACUGGCUUAUGUAAAAAUAAUUGGUGUAAUACUGUAGAUCUCAUUAUGGAACGUCUUUAUAUAUUAUGACGUAAAGAAUGUUAAAAUAAAUCCAAAGCUUGCUAUAUU